CCUGAUGCCCAGAUCAAGCCUCCAGUAGCCAGUUAGCCCUAACUCCAUCCUCCCAAUCUCAUCGAGCUCACCUCCGUCCCUCACCUCCGUUCAGCACUUCAGCCACCGCCUCUUGCCGCCGCCGUCGCGACAGGGCUCGCUCCCUUCCCCUCCAUCGCGCAGCAGCCAUUGCAAGCUUCCUCCCCUUCCAUCGCGCAGCCACCGUGGGAACGUCGAAGCCUCCGUCGCGCAGCCACGCCGCCGCCGUCCCUAGCUCUGUUGGUCACUCGGUUCGAAGGUGCUCCACCACUGCUCCUUGUCUUGGUCACUCGGUGUCUCUGUCUCCCUCUUGCAUGCUCUGUUGAAGGCGUCUUCGAGCAUCCAGGAUCGAUCCCUAUACCCUGCAGAAGUUGAUAAGCUUUUUAAUACUGCUCCAGAGAGAACUUGAACCAGUGUUCCUCUCUGCUUCGCUUCAUGCAUUGGAAGCCAUGGCGAUAUUCUUCUCUACAAUUGUAUCUCUUAAUUUUCCUGCGUGCAAGUUUUCCUUCCUCAACAACGUACCUGAUCAACCACUCAAGAGUUUGCGUCAUUUCAUAGAUAAUUCUGUUCAUACUAGAAAAGUUCCUUGCUUUAUUGCUUUUGCGGUAGACGGAAGCUCCGCUGUUCAAACAGAGAAAAGAAACACGCCAAGGAAAAAGGGUAGGAACCCGUUUUUGAGUGAGGGGAGAGAUGAGGAUGAGAGUCGUGGACCAAUUUGCCCUGGUUGUGGGGUCUUCAUGCAAGAUGAGGACCCUAACCUUCCUGGGUACUAUCAACAAAGGAAGGUGAAAAUGGAAGAUGAACUAUUAGAUGAGGAUGAUGAUGUGUUUGAUGAUAUUAAUAGAGUAAAAGAAGAAGAAAAUGAUGAUGAUGAUGUGGGGUCUCUGGAUGGCAUUGAAAAUGAACUUGGAGGAGGUAUUGAGGUAUUACCGGAUGAUUUCAAUUGGGAUUCUGACGAGUGGGAAGCUAAGUUGUUGGGUGAAGAGGAUGAUGAGGCUGAUUUAAACGGCUUUGCGCCUGCGGGGGUUGGGUAUGGUAACAUCACUGAGGAGGUCCUGGAGAGGAAGAGGAAGAAGAAGGUAUCGAAAGCUGAGAAGAAGAAGUUGGCUAGGGAGGCCCAAAAGGUGAAGGAAGAGGUUACCGUGUGCGCUAGGUGUCAUUCCUUGAGGAAUUAUGGCCAGGUGAAAAACCAGACUGCUGAGAAUUUGAUACCCGAUUUUGAUUUCGAUAGGUUGAUUUCCACUAGGUUGAUGAACCCUUCUGGCAAUGGCAGUGCUACUGUUGUUGUUAUGGUUGUGGAUUGUGUUGAUUUUGAUGGUUCUUUCGGUAAGAAACUGCCAAAGCUAGUUCUUGUGGCUACAAAGGUUGAUCUCCUUCCAUCAGAGGUUUCCCCUGCAAGGUUAGAUAGAUGGGUUAGACACCGAGCAAGUGCUGCAGGAGCACCUAAACUAAGUGCAGUUUAUCUUGUAAGUUCUCGAAAGGAUUUAGGUGUAAGGAAUCUGUUGUCCUUCAUAAAGGACUUGGCAGGUCCUCGUGGGAAUGUGUGGGUGAUUGGGUCUCAGAAUGCGGGGAAGUCUACUCUAAUCAAUGCAUUUUCAAAGAAACACGGAGCUAAAGCUACAAAGCUCACAGAAGCUCCGAUUCCUGGGACAACACUUGGGAUCUUGAGAAUUGGAGGAAUUUUGUCCGCUAAGACUAAGAUGUUUGACACUCCAGGGCUCCUGCAUCCCUAUUUAAUGUCGAUGAGACUGAACAGAGAAGAGCAAAAGAUGGUUGAGAUACGGAAGGAACUUCGACCUCGAUCAUAUAGAAUCAAGGCAAGGCAGGCAGUGCACAUUGGUGGCUUGACAAGAAUUGACCUUAUUGAAGCCUCUGUUGAAACAAUAUAUGUGACCGUUUGGGCAUCACCAAAUGUUUCUCUUCACAUGGGAAAAGUAGAAAAUGCUGAAGAGGUUUGGAGAAAUCAUGUUGGUGUCAGGUUGCAGCCUCCCAUUGGCAGUGAACACGCUGCCGAAUUAGGCACGUGGCAAGAAAUGGAAAUUAAGGUGUCUGGAACUAGUUGGGAGGUCAACAACGUUGAUGUAGCCAUAGCUGGCUUAGGUUGGUACUCUCUCUGUCUCAAAGGUGAAGCAACCAUGAAACUGUGGACCUUUGAUGGUGUUGAAGUAACCUUGAGAGAGCCAUUGGUCCUUGACCGGGCCCGGUCCCUCGAAAAACCUGGUUUUUGGUUACCAAGAGCCAUCUCUGAUGCUAUUGGCAACCAAACCAAACUUGAAGCUCAAAAAAGAGAAAAACUUGACGACCAAGAUACAGAUUUUGUGGGGGCAGGUGCAGAGCUAUCAGCUUGAGCAGAACAUUUUAAUUGUUUUGCAAGAGUGCUUUCAGUUGAAAAUAGAAGUGUAACUGAACUUGACGUGUUGCAGAGGCAAUAGCAUGUUUUCAGCAAUAGAGAUAAAUGCAACGCUUCUUGUUUAAGUGUCACAUUCGUGGAUUAUGUAGUUUUGUUAGAUGAGUCGUUGUACAUGAAUAGUGAUGAUAUCUGCAUUUUUGUGAGGUAUUACUUCAAAUUUUGUGCAAUAGAGAACGGAGAAUGAGCUUAGUAAUGUCUAUGUUUAUUCUUGGCCAAUUGAUGUAAACUGAAUUGAAAAAAUAUUAUUAUAAGUUAUUCUUAUAUACAAAAUUACAAAUUUUGUUGAGUUAGGCAUUCAACAACUUGCA